AUGAGUUUUUCCACACUUUUUUCUUCUGCCUCUCCUGUCUCUUCCCACUCAUUCCUUCCAUGUCUCCUCAAUCUCCUGCCCCAUCUCCUCUCUCUUCCCACUCUUUCUUUCCUCCCCUCUCCUCUCUUCCCUCUUUCUUUCCUCCCUUUCCUCUCUUCUCUUUCUUCCCUCCCCUUUCCUCUCUCUUCCCACUCUUUCUUCCCCUUUCCUCUCUCUUCCCACUCUUUCUUCCUCCCCUUUCCUCUCUCUCUUCACCUCUUUCCUCCCCUUUCCUCCUCUCUUCUUCUCUCUCCUCCCCCUUUCCUCUCUCUUCUGACUCUCUCCUCCCCUUUCCUCUCUCUUCUGACUCUCUCCUCCCCCCUCUCUCUUCUGACUCUCUUCCCCUUUUCCUCUUCUUCUGACUCUCUCCUCCCCUUUCCUCUCUCUUCUGACUCUCUCCUCCCCUUUCCCUCUCUCUUCUGA